UCAACACCAGUAUAAGACGGGGGGCUAUGUUGUAUCCUCCCACAACAGGAUUUUGAUCGUUUUUCUCAGUGUGAUAGAUAUAUAAUAUCCAAGGGGAGGAAAGUCCUCUCCCAAAAUGGCGAAAUUACAAGAUAUCCCAGAAAUCACCCUGCUUUGUAUGGAGGACAAGUUCAUAACGGCAUUCAAUGAAGCCCUCCCAAUUCACUGGCCGUCCUUUGCCGAGAAUCCCAAGAUCAAAUUCACUGUGCUCAACUUCGGACUCCAUGCGGUCCCCUCCACCACCAAGUUCCAACUAGUUGUCUCACCAGCCAAUUCCUAUGGCCGCCUGGAUGGUGCCUUCGACGAUGCCAUUUCGCGGAAAUUCUGCCGUCCACAUCAUCCGUAUGACACCCUGACGCGAGCCGCACAAACAGUGCUUUACGAGAAAUGGAGAGGCUUUGCGCCGCCAGGAUCUUGCACACUGGUCCCUUUCCCCAAAGAUAUGGAAGGGACGAAUGUUUGGGGUUGUAAAUGGGUAGCCAUUUGUCCGACCAUGAGAUCCCCAAAUAAAGUCUCUUGGGACCGCGAAGUAGUAUACGAGUGUGUGUGGAGUUUACUAUGUCAGUUGGAAGGCUGGAACCGGGACAGGUCCGAGGACAGGAUUGAUAGUAUAUUAAUGACCCCGCUGGCUACGGGCAUUGGGGGCGUGAGUCCACAAAGAUGGGCAUCACAGUUAAUUCUAGCGUUGAAGCAUUUUGUGGACGCAUUGGAGCGACCGGAGAGGUGGAAUCAGUUGGGGUGGGCAGACAUUGAAGGAGAUGUGAUUGAGGUUGAAAAGACAUGGAAAGAAUAAACUUGACGCAUUGACACUUUCAACAUACUUGAGGCUCUCGAUUCAUGACAUCCAUAUACGUCAUACGGCAGCCCAUACCUCCACAGUAAUCAAACAGUGAUAAGAUCCCUCAGGCGCUUUAUCGAUAGCCUCACGAUCCGCGAUAGGUUGAGUAAUUCCAGGGUCCUAGAAGUACUGGCACAUGAUAAUGCCGCCACCCCUCCUCGCCUUCCUGUCCACGCCCCUUCACCGUGAAUUUCACCUCCACCUCCGGCCAGAAACUCUCAACCCCUUGCGCUUCAUACCAGGGUCCAACUUCGAACCGUAC